CUCAAUACCAACACACACAUGUUCAGGCGGCGCGUCGCCUCACGGCUCGUCUCGAGGUCGUGUCUGGCCGCGCCCGCCUCGUCCUCGAGGCCACUCUCGUCGGCCGCCGGCGGCGCCGUCCUCUUGACGGGCGCGUGCGGCCAGGUCGGGCAGGAGCUGCUGCCGGCGCUCCGCGCCGCCUACGGGGCGGACAACGUGAUCGCGAGCGACGUGCGCAAGCCGCCGCCGGGCGCGGACGACGGCGGCCGCUUCCUCUACCUCGACGUGACGCAGGCCGCCGAGCUCUCGCGCAUCGUGACGGAGCACCGCGUCGGUACGAUCGUCCACCUCGCCGCGCUGCUGUCGGCGACGGGGGAGAAGAACCCGCAGCUGGCCCUCGCGGUGAACAACAUGGGCGUGAGCAACGUGCUCGAGGCGGCGCGCCUCAACGGGCUGCGCGUCUUCUCGCCCUCCACCAUCGCGGUCUUCGGGCCCUCGUCGCCGAAGCAAAACACGCCCGACGAGACGGUGAUGAGGCCGACGACCAUCUACGGAGUGACCAAGGUGCACCUCGAGCUGCUGGGCGAGUACUACCACGCCAAGUUCGGCGUCGACUUCCGCUCGCUGCGCUACCCGGGCGUCAUCUCCUCGGCCGCGAUGCCCGGCGGCGGGACAACCGACUAUGCCGUCGAGAUCUACCACGCCGCACUCGCGCGCGACCAGUACGAGUGCUUCCUGCGCGAGGACACCGAGCUGCCUAUGAUGUACAUGCCGGACCUGCUCUCCGCGACGAUCGGGCUGAUGGAGGCGCCGGACGAGGCGCUGACCCAGCGCACGUACAACAUCGGCGCCAUGUCCUUCACGCCGGAGCAGCUCGCCGCCUCGAUCCGGCGCGUGCGGCCGCACUUUGCGAUGAGCUGUGCGCCAGACUUUCGGCAGGCGAUUGCGGAGACGUGGCCCCAGGCACUCGACGACUCUGCGGCGCGGCGGGACUGGGGGUGGCAGCCGAGGUACGACCUCGACGCAAUGACGGACGACAUGCUGCGCGUCCUCAGCGCGCGCAGGGACGCGGAGGCGGCGGAGGCGGCGGCGGCGGCCGCGGCGCGGCUGGCGGAGGAGAGCAGGGCGGCGGCGCUCAAGCGGAAGCGGAUGACAGAGUUCCUCGCCGCCGCCGAGGAGCCGGUCAAGGUCUGACACUUCCAGCGCGGGGCGGCGAGCCGGCGAGCUCUCGAGUGGCGCAUACAGUCGCGCGCCGGGGGAAUGCGAUCGGAGGUCUGCACUCUUCUUCUCUGCGUCUCCACCCGUAGUGUGCACGCUCUCGGUGUGCCCCUCGAUCGCGCCUCGCUUGCCUGGGUUCGCGAUCUUCGAUUACUUUUGGUGCAGUUGCGGCAUUUGCAU